CGGAUCGUGAUCCGGUUGCGCCUCUAGUGAAAGGGAGGUGUGGCUAUCAGUUUCUCCAGUGAAGGGAGGAGCUGGCUCCGCACAAAAAUGCAGCAUUUCACCAGCCCCCGUGCAAUAAUCGGGUAAACCACAAUUUUUUUAAAAAAAACACUAAUCUCAGACAUGUUCCCCUGCUAGCGUGAUCCAUGCAUUAUUGGAUCUUCUCGGCCUUGAGUGGGCGAGCAAACGCGAGGAGCACCAGUGUCGCCAAAUAUGAUGGCAUCUCUGUGGUAGCAUGAGAAGUCCAGUGCCGCGUUUCAGGGACGUCGAGAGGCAGGCCAGUGGCCUGCAGCCUGUACAAUGUCUUCCUCCCUGUCAUGAGCAACAGAACAACAUGUGGUUCAUCAAAGAUGCCUGCGGCAUCGUUUGUGCGGUCAUAACCUGGCUUCUCAUCGUCUUUGCUGAGUGUGUCGUGCUGUUCGUCAUGCUGAUUCCAUCGAAGAACCUCACCUACAGCCUGGUGAAUGGCACCCUCUUCAACAGCCUGGCCUUCCUCGCCUUGGCGUCUCAUUUCAGAGCCAUGUGCACUGACCCGGGAGCCGUGCCAAAGGGCAAUGCCACAAAGGAGUACAUCGAGAGCUUGCAGCUGAAGCCAGGCCAGGUGGUUUACAAAUGUCCCAAGUGCUGCAGUAUUAAGCCGGAUAGAGCUCACCACUGCAGUGUUUGUAAGCGCUGUAUACGGAAGAUGGAUCAUCAUUGCCCUUGGGUAAACAAUUGUGUCGGGGAAAAUAACCAGAAGUACUUUGUGCUUUUCACAAUGUACAUUUCUCUGAUCUCUCUGCAUGCCUUGGUCAUGGUGGUCUUUCAUUUUCUCUACUGCUUUGAAGAUGACUGGACAAAGUGCAGUACCUUCUCCCCUCCAGCCACUGUCAUCCUCCUCAUCCUCCUGUGCUUUGAGGGCCUCCUCUUCCUCAUCUUCACCUCUGUGAUGUUUGGCACCCAAAUCCAUUCAAUCUGCACAGAUGAGACGGGCAUAGAGCAGUUGAAAAAGGAAGAGAGAAGAUGGGCUAAAAAAACAAAAUGGAUGAACAUGAAGGCGGUAUUCGGACACCCCUUCUCGAUAGCAUGGUUUAGCCCGUUUUCCACACCUGACCACGGGAAAGCUGACCCCUACCAGUAUGUGGUCUGAGCUCAGGAAGCUUUAAGCUAGAGACUCGAGUGCACUUGGACUGCCCUUAUAAACAGCAUCUUUUCAUUUGUUUGUAAUCAACGAAGCAUUUAGCAUUGAGACUAAAUCACCGUCAUCAUCUUUAUUUAUUUAUUUUUUUUUCAGGGAACAAAUCAUUGCAUAUCCAAUUAUCCUUGCCUCUAUUUAUUUUAAUUCAGGACAGAAAGUGGAUGCUUUAUCAUGUCAUAAUCUCAAGCAUCUCUGCCUAGCUACACUGAAAUGAAGAUGAAUGUUGCGCAGAUAAUAGAAGCCAAUUUAUGCUAAUAUAAUCACUAUUGUAAUCUUGCCAGACUGUCCACAAUGAUAACCUACUUUCUGAAGGUACUUUUAAACAAUAUGUUAUUUUUUUUAUACCUAGCUACAGUAUAAUACUCCUGCCCUUUCCUGGUUAACAAUGUAAGAGCACUGACAACCAUUCAAUAAAAUGGUUUAUUAUGCUGACAGAUAAAAGAAACGUUUAACGGCGGUUUUUACCAAGGAUGAUAACUGUAAUGAUAACUAUAAAUCAUUCUGUGAGAAUAUUGAAGUCCACAUUACAUCUACUUUAUAACAAUAAUGACACUGAGGAACAAUAUCAUUGGAAUCACUCUCGGAACAAUUGUUUUCCAGCUCAUGAAUUAUUAAAAACAGUGACGGCCAAUCAGAAUCAGAGCAUUUCAUAAAUGCUCAGCAUGCUCGAGCAUUUAUAAGCACUUAUAAAAACAGAGCUGCUGUUAAGGACAUAUAGUUAGAGUUAUCGUUAUAUUUAUCGUUCUUGGUGUGAACGGGCCUUAACAUUAUUGACACUGGCUGUAUACAAAAUAUAAAAAGUAUAUAAACAAUAUAGGAAGUUUAACAGGGGUAUAAAUAUGGUCUGACAAAGCUUGGAUUCAAGUGAUUCUAUACUAAAUGAUGCAGAAACAUAAAACAUAAAUGUAACUACAAAUAUUGAUAAAGCGAUACACUAGUUUUUACAUUCACAAGUAUUGUAGAACAGAAUUGAUCUAGUAUUAAAUGCCAUAAUCAGUGCAUUGUCAGCUCAUUUCUACACCCCUGAAAAUAAUUCCAUUUAAAUGAUAAUGACUUUAUAAAUGUAAAGAAUGUGUUUCGAGAUAUUAUGAGUACAUUUGCUGUUACACAUAAGAUUUUGAGUGAUAACAGUACUGAUGUUACUCAGCUGCCCUAUCAGAUUUACUUCCUAUACUCAAUAUACACUCUGUACUUUUUUUUUUAGAGCUGAUUUACUUGGUAUGUUUCCAUAAACUUGGUUUGCAGAAAUGUUUAAGAAAGGAACGGGCUUAAAAAUAAUUGUAUGUUUUUGAAAACUUAAUUGAUUUACCAUUGUUGCCAUUGUUUUGGUUAAUUGCAUUUUACAUUUUAUUAAUAUACAUUUUUGUUAUGAUGAACGGAUGAUAUGUGCUUGAACUUUUAAGUGUGUAUGAAAAAGACAAUCAUUCUGUUCUUCUUUGACAAAUGGUAAAUAAUUAAAAACCUGAAUACUCGGUCAUUAGUGCUUUAUGUGACAAUGUGUCAAAGUGUCUGACAGUGGAUUUCCUAAAUGCACAACCAUAUGUGAAUCCGGUCUAAUCACAUGAAAAUCAGCAGCUAAAAUGCCAUUCACUUUGCAAUCUCUCAAGAGGUCCAAAUGUUUUCAAAUUUGCUUGGUCUCUGUCUUCCUGUCCACUUCCUGUCUGUCUUUGACACUAACCUAGUUUUCUCCUUUUUUAUUCUUUUGUGUUGUUUAAUGAGUAGUUCCCUUGCUCAGAAAUAUCAAAUCUUUGGUUUUUUUGGGAAUUAAAAUGAAUGAAAAAGCAACUAAUUAUAUUUAGUAUUAAAUUAGGCUGAUGUCCCUGUUUGAUUGGUGUGAGAUGGAGGUAAGCUUUGAUUGCUACCGGUAUAAAGACACAUUUGAUCAUUCGACACAAUGCAUGCUAUUUAAAAUGGUCUGUUUUUCUUUUCCUUUACCUCAUUUGGAAUGUGAAGGCAUGCUGCAUGCUCCAUGUGUUUUUAAUUUGUGCCAUAAAGUGAAAGUCGAACCAUUUCUUCCAGUUGGGUUAUUUCAUAUUAAAGAUUAAACACCAGAAGCACGCAGGUGCAUGAGUAGGCCUAUAAUGAAACGCUCCUCAUGCUUCUUUUUUUUAGCAUGGUAACCAUUUGCUUUCCUUUUCAGUUCAAUCAGUGGAAUUUGUUCUUUUUUUGCCAAUAUGGAUGUUGUUUUCCAUCUAUUUAUGGAGUCUAUUAUUUCACAUCUUUUUCAACAAUCACAGCGGUGCUGUUUUUCUUUU